AUGGCGCCCUCCGCGGAGAUGUGGUGCUUCGACGUCGACGCAAAGUUCGAGCGAAACGGCGUCACGAGCUCGAACACCCUCAAGCACGUCGAGCUCCGCCUCGCGGACUCGGACAAAGAGAACGCGCCGACGUCCGGGAACCACACGCUGACGCAUCUCGCGGCGUGCGCGAAGAAGAAGUACGUCCUUCGCUUCGGCGGCGACAAGGCGGGGUCGGACAUGCACCUGUCGCACGUCAAAGCCAUCUUCGGAAAAUUCGUCCGAGAGGGCAAGCUGACCAUCGAAGACAAGUCGAACGUCAAGGUUCUCGUCAAAGCCUCCCCGGCGGAGUGCUCGAGGCUCAUGAAGACGCUGACGACGCUCAAGGGCGCGUCGCCGUCGUCGCAGCACGCCUACCUCGCGUCGCUGACGCCGUGCCCGAAGUGCGCGUCGAAGCUCUCGGCGACGAAGGAAAAGUUGGAGGAGCGCGCGCGUAAGACGGCGGCCGCCGAGCUCGAGCGCGCGGAGGCGGAGCUCGCGAAGAAGCGCAAGCGCGAGGAGACGGAGCGCGAGCGCGAGGAGCAAAAGUCGCGCAAGGUGUCGGACGAUCUCAGGCGCGCGGAGGAGAUGCGCGCGGCGAAGGAAGCGGCGCGGGCGGACGUCGAGGCGACGACGCGAGCCGUCGCGUCGGAGACCGCCGCCGCGCGUUUGGAGAGGGAUAAGCUCCGCGACGCGAAGGAGGAGGUCAGCGAGCAGCGCCGAUUGCUCGCGGCGGAGAAGAGCGCGCUCGAGAGCGAGCAGCGCGAGGUGGAGGCGAUGCGAGGGAAGAUCGCGAGCGAGCGUCGAACGGCGGAGACGGAGCGCGAAAAGUUGGACGCGCAGCUGGACGCGGCCAAGGCGACCGCGGCGUCGCUGGAGACGGCGCGGAGGGCGGUGGAGAAGGAGAACGCCGCGCUGGCGAAGGAGCGCGAACGCCGGGAGCUCGAGACGGUGAAGCUCGAGGAGCAGAGGAAGGCGCUCGAGGCGAAGCGCGAGGCGUGGGAGACGGCGAAACGGCACAAGGAGGACGACGCGCGGCUUAAGGCUGAGCUCGCGGAGCGCAGGAGAGCGGAGGCCGCGGCGAGGAAGGAAGAGGCGGCGAAGAGGAAGGAAGAGGUCGCGGCGAAGACGAGGGAGAGAGAGGACGCGAUUCGGGAGACGCAGGCGAGGUGGAAGGCGGAAGUGAAGAGCAGGAAGGCGACGGAUCGCGCGUCGGCGCCGCAGAGGAAGCCGUCCGGCGACGGCGACGGCGACGGCGACGCCGCGGAGUGCGACGCGAAGAACUUCUACGGCGCGGGCGGCGCGUCGACGACGGCGGCGGCUGCGAGACCGAAAACGAAACCGGCGGCGAAGUCGAAGCCCACCAUCGUGGUCGACGACGACGACGACGACGACGACGACGACAUGGACGUGGACGCGGACGCCGGCAAAGAGAACGCGAAGCAGAACGCGAACGCGACCGCGAACGACGACGACGCGAACGACGACGACGACGACAUCUUCGCCGCGGAGGAGAAACGGCGGCGCGAGAUGCUCGAACGCGCGCGCGCCGCGGAGCUCGCGCGUCAAGAAGCCGAACGCGCGGCGGAAAAACGCCGCGCCAAAGAACAAGCCGUCCUCGAAGCGCGCCGAGCCAAGACGAAGAAGGCGCAGAAAGAGAUGAUGGAGGAGCUGCGUCGGAAGCAAGAGGAGGAGCGCGCGCAGAGGGAGCACAUGGCGAGGAAGACGGCGGCGGAGAUAAAGAUUCGGCAAAAGUCCAAGGGCGUCACUCUGGCGACGGCGACGGAGGAGAUCUACCAGAAACACCUCGAAGCGUUCGACGCGAUGCGUUCGAUGCCGGAGGGGUCCAUCCGCGAGCGCGACGUCCCGUGGCCGAACCCGAUGAACCUGGUGUUCUUGACCCCGAAGGACGACGCGAACGCGAAGAAGAAGAAGAUCUUGAGGGCGAUCGGCCGGUGGCAUCCGGAUAAGUUCACCGCCGCGUACGGCUCGCGGCUGGGAGAGGACGAGAGAGAGGCGAUCAUGGCGCGCGUGAGGUCGGUCAGCGCGUCGAUCAUCGAGCUCAGGCAGGUGUUCAACUGA